CACACCACAACUAGCCAAAGCUCAAAUAUUCUCACUUUCUAAAGAAAAAAAGAAGAAAAAUGGCUCGUCUGGCUUCCACAAUCUCCCUCAUUUUCCUCUCACUACUCGCCGUCGCCGAAGCAAAGGAGUUCAUCGUCGGAGGCAAAGAGAGCAAGACUUUCUGGAGGGUGCCCGCCGGCGAGAAUCGAAGUAACCUCAAUUACUGGGCCGAGCAGAACAGGUUCCGGUCCGGCGACGCUCUUGUAUGGAAUUCCGUCGCUAAAAGUGAUUCGGUGCUGGAAGUGAGCAAGAAAGAUUACGAUAGCUGCACCACGACCAAUCCGAUCAAGGAGCUGAAGGCCGACGACGGCAAGUUCACUCUGGACCGGUCCGGGCCGUUCUACUUCAUCAGCGGAGUCGAGCGUCACUGCAAGAAAGGGCAGAAGCUGGAGGUGGUGGUUCUCGCCGAUAAACAUGAAAACGUGCCAUUGGCACCGGCACCGGCGACCGAGGCGCCUGCUCCGGCACCGGAGAAGUCGAGUGGGUCGAAGGUUGGAGCUUUGGGGAUGACGUCUUUGGCGAUGGUUGCAGUGGGAUUGGUUUCCUUUUUGUUUCUUUAGUUUGUAGGGGUCAAUUAAUUGAUGGGUUUAGGUCUUUGUGUUUUCGUUUUUUGUUAUUUCAUGAUCUAGGAUUUACUUUGGGAGUUUGUAGUAACGGGAGACAUUGAAAGUCAUCAUCAAGAAGAUUAUCUCUAGUUAAGUAGGAGUCUAAUUCGAGUGUUUAAACUAUCAUUUUGUG